GGUUACAACGUCCCGAUGCUGGUGGUUCCUCAGGGAGGCUCGGGUUUGAACUGCAGCAGCACCGGAUGCGUCGUGGAUCUGAACGGUUCGUGUCCGUCGGAGCUUAAAGUGACGAGUUUGGACGGCGGUGGGAAACAGGCCAUGGGUUGCAAAAGCGCGUGCGAAGCUUUCCGUACGCCGGAGUACUGUUGCAGCGGCGCGUACGGUACGCCUGACACGUGUAAACCGUCGUCGUACUCGGCGGUGUUUAAAACCGCGUGCCCACGUGCUUACAGCUACGCUUACGAUGAUCAGAGUAGUACCUUCACAUGCGCCGACUCCCCUAAUUACGUCAUCACGUUUUGCCCUUCCCCUAACACCAGUCAAAAAUCAUCACAAGAUCAGAGCCCAGAUCCUAAAACGACGACGCCAUCAGGAACGACUACACCAGCCGGAGAUAGUAGUAGUAGUAGUAGUACGACGUGGUCGCCGGUGGAUACAUCGAUGAUAUACGAAGGAGCUUUGGAUCAGAGCAAAGGAUCACCGUCCAGUUAUCAUGUUUCUUCGUUAUGUGGAAUCACAGUCACUCUUGCGCUGGCCUUUUGUCGGAUGUGGUCGCUCUUUUGACCUAACCUUUUUUUUUUGUCUCCCGCGUAAAACACUGAAUCAGGACGUUGUGGGCCAUCACUCACUAAAAA